GUGGGGGUUACGGGAGUUUUUUCAUGUACGUUCUUUAUUGGUGGGUGGUUGGCUUUUGGAUGUCAGCGGACCCAUAUUCUGUCUGCGCUUCUGUGUAUAGAGGUGGUUUUGGUAGGGGUCUUAGGGGGGUUUUGCAGGAGUUUGGAGUUAAAUCCGGGGUAUUUUUUUUUUUUUGUGGUGGGAUUGGGGGUGUGUGAGUCUGCGUUAGGGUUAUCUUUGCUUGUAAUCUAUGCCCGCAGUUAUGGUAAUGAUUUAUUUAAGGGGUUAGAUGGGCAGGGAUGCUAA